GGGAUAAUUGUGGUGUGUGGAUAAUAGUGGUAAGCACCAGUUAAGACUGGUAUACGCUUGCGAAACCAGAAUUAAGUGGGGCGUGGCACGAGUACAUUACCUCAUCUCAUAUUAACUUCCAUAUAUCAACUUUAAAUAGUUGGAGGUACAUCGCCUUCAUGCCAUUCCUUGUUUGUCGAAGAUGAAAUUUAUAUAACCAAAUUACCACGAGAAAGUUUUUGAGUUACGAAUGAGACCCCCCGAUCUCUCAAGAGGUAUGAAUCUGAGAAAAAUGAAAUAUUGCACAAGUCUAGUCACCACCCGACGUCUUUCACCAUCACCAUGAGUUCGGACCUACCAGUACAAAUCCGCGCCAGCUUACAGAACCAAGGGCUGCCAACUCCAUCUUUGACUUGGAUCCAGAGCGCUAUGCCAAACCGAAACCCGCUGCCUCCUUUGCCCGCUUUGAUAGCUACCGUGAAAACGCGUUUGCUAGCAGCCGACCUAACGAGUCCGGGCCUCUGGGAGUCGCCGUCGCCAGCGUUUCCAUCCAACUUGGGUAAUCCGGAGGUCAAGGAAAUCAAACUUCCCCGAGACGUCCCCGUGCAGGUCUUGGAUAUCGACAACCUGUCCAAGAGCAAGUGGGACCAAGUAGAGGAGCUCGAGGCCAUCGCGCGUGGCGAGCAAACGAGAGGCCGGGAAAUCAUCCGCCUACCCACCGGCAACGAGGAAGACGAAGAGGACGGCGCGGCCAGCCAGAAUGCGUCGACGGCCACGGGUAGGAACGCGGCUGUUAACGGUAACGUGGCAAAUGCCGCGGCCGCGGCGAGGAACGCGACGCACAGGCUCGUGAUUCAGGACUGCAAGGGCCAGAAGGUGCACGGGCUGGAACUGAAGCGUAUCGAUCGCAUCGGCAUCAACUCGCUUAAUAUCGGCGAGAAGAUGAUUCUGAGACGAGGCACGACCGUCGCGCGCGGUAUCGUCCUUCUGGAGCCGGCGACCUGCGUCGUAUUAGGCGGGAAGAUCGAGGCGUGGCAUAGAGCCUGGGUAGACGGGCGGUUGGCGAGGUUAAAGGAGGCGGUGGGGGCUGAUGUUCGUGGUUAGGUGGCUUUUAAGGACUGUUAACUAUAAGAAAAAGGAGAAGUUGAUGAGGGUAGAGUAUAGAGGUCAUACUUGGUUUGGUCAACUUGGUCCAUAGUGUAACUAUAUAGAUUUACCUAUUUGUAAUUGGUCAAGUUGAAGAAUAACGUUGUGAUAUUACGAGUUUUGAACCCAUAUGGCGCAUAAGAACGGCUCUAUAGUAUUUUAGGUAGUCAUAUCAUAGACUAUUAAUUCUCUA